CAAAUGGGAAGGUAGAUUUAUGCCUGUAUCUUAAUUGUGUUAUCAGGUUUAACAUACCUUCCCAACUACAAGGUCUGCACACGUAUAGAGGAAGAGAGUUGGCUUUCAUCGGUCAAGCACGAGAAGAAAACGUUUCGAUUCAUAUUAGUUGAUAAUAGUUUAGUACAAUUUGAAAAUACAAGGGAUUUUUAUGUCUUACAUACCGUGGUAAGCAGUGUCAGAAGCCAGAAGCUAGCUUGCUGAUGGUCGACCAAGACCUUUAAUCAGCACUAGCAAUAAGCAAUGAGCAACUAUAUACAGUUUAGAGUUAUUUUAUUGUUUUAGGUAAAAACUAAGAUACAAAGCAAGAGAUAGGAAGGAGAGGGAAGAAAGCGCAAAUAACAAACUCAUCACACCAAUAUAGAUGAUUCAAUCAUAAAAAAAGCAUUGACGGCCUACUGCAGACCGUUUCAUUUGGCCAAGAUUGUGACCCUUUAGUGCUCUUCCAUCUGCUGUGCAUACGCUCUCAUUGUGCUUUUCUCAAUAUUCACUUCUCGAUUGCACAUUGCAUUUGCUAUACACACGAUAAUGCAACGCACGUUUAAAAGGAAUAUUCAUUACUAAGCACGAUCAUGUCUACUACUUAUAGUAGAGGGGGCAGGCGAUACAGAAUGUAAAUACUUGCUAUUAGUUUCUUGCCUUUUCAUCCCCCUGUAGGGCUAUAUUUUAUUUAAGCGCAUUAUUAUUGUGGCCGCCUGAAAUCCUGUGCAUAAAAGAAAUUAUAUUCAAAAGAGGAGAGGGAGGAGGCUUGAUUUUAAACUGCAUCCUAGUGAAUCUAGUGAACUUAGUGUCUAAGCCAGCUGUCUCAACUUGCUACCAACUGUUUUCUGAUUGAUACUUUCGACAUAGAUGUAGACUACCGAAGGGUUUUACCAAUGGGUUUCGAUGAGUUGUACAGAGGAAGCUACCAGACGAUAUCAACAGAACCAGACGACAAAUCGAAAGUGCAAUCCUCCCUCUUUCUCACUCUCUUUCUAUGUUUAACGCAGCAACAUAAAGACACAAAGGAAACAAAGGUGAAUAGCUGAGAACAAUUCACUCCAGUAAGUCACGUAGCAGAACACACGCAACUCUCAUGCCCACAUGUAAUGCGGCACAACAGAAGCGCGGUAUAGAUCUAAGAAGUUAACCAAAAUUAUUCUUAUUGAUAGUAACGAGUUUUAUGCUGCGAUUGUGUAGCAGAUGGAUCAAAUAUGAAACAAGGACAGGCAUAUGAACCAUUUUAGUAGCAAUUAAAGCAUGUUGUGCAGUGACAACAUUUACACUCGAGUGGGACAAUGCUUUUUACAUUACACCGUGCGUAUAAAUGUGUCAAAGAAGAAAAGUAAAGAGGAUCUUAAAUCAUAGUCGAUAACGUGAAGGCGAAGGGAGAGAGGAAGCGAAAGAGAGAGAGAGAGAGAGAGAGAGAGAGAGAGAGAGAGAGAGAGAGAGAGAGAGAACAAAAUCGAUCACGAUCAAUAAGACAGCUAGUACUGUACUCGAAUCCAAUCGAAUUGAGUGAGUAUAACGGGUAGCGAUGGCGAGCAAGGCAACAGCAGUGCAGCUUCUGUAGGUUGGGUUGCAUUGUUUGUGCUUUAUUCUAUUGUGCUGCUAAUGGAGGGUACUUGGAGAAUGUGUGGUGUUUCUACAAACACACAAUCACUAUAUCACCUCGUGAUCGUCUCAAUUUCUCUUCUCAAAAUCAUCUUGUUUUCAGCAGCUUAUACCAUCUCUUGUUUGCGAUAUCAACUCUUAAACGAUUGGUGUUGUAAAAGGGAAUAUAAACAAAACUACCGUUGUGUCUAGAGCAGCAACAACAGCACAUCAAGCUAUCACAGUCUCUUAUCUCAUUAAGGUUUCAGUAACACUCGAGAAGGUGGGUCAAAGGCGUCUAAUUAGCGAUGUGAUGGAUUGAAAAGAAUAAGCGGUGAGCGAACGUGUGCAGCGUCUCUUUUUUAGACAAUGGCAAUUAGUAUCGCGUGAGCAUCUAGGAUUACUUUGCAGAUUACCACUACAACUCCUCUCAGUCAAUACACAAUGAAGAGGAGUUUGAAAUACGAAAAUCGAAUGCAAAUGCUUAAACGGGAUUCUAACUUACACGGAUAAAACAAAGAGAGAUAGAGAGGAUGAAAUAGGUAAGGCAAUGAGAAUGCAACCCUGUUCUAUGUCCACACUGGCAGAUUUCUAAACCUCACGUUAGUGUUCCACUUGAGUGCAGCCAAACCGUUUUUUUUUGUUGGAAACAAGGCAUGUUUCCUCGUGCGAAAGAAAAAUCUGUGCCUUUUUCGCCACAGAGAAAAAAAAUCUGCCCAGACAUGUAAAAUAAACGUUUCAAUUGGCCGAAAUGCUCAAAAUAGACAGAGCUCACAAGCAAGACACACACGAAGGCUCGCACAGAGUACUUCUCGACAGAAGUCUGUUAGUGUGGACCAAGGGCCGGCAAACAUGUAACCCUAAAGAACAGAUAUCCCUCAUAAUCCCAUUGAGUGUGUUCGAUAUCAGCGUAAUCUUAUCUGUUCCCUUUUUCGUCACUCUACUGUUCCUCGCUGUUCCCCCCGCUCUGGCUUGCUAGAACUUUCUACUGCAAUUAAAUCAUACUUUGUUAUGGGAACCUGUAAACCGACAAGAAAACAGUAACAAGGGCGAAUAGUGACGAAUGUUGGUCGGUCGCCCUUCCUCUCUGUAGGGGUUCCCGAACAUUCGUGGUGGUCAUAAAAGUAGAUGAUUUUAAAUAUAUUAUACGUGUGUCUGUAUGUAUGUAUGUUGCAACAUGAAAGCGCAGGAGCAUGGGCAGCAUCGGGGGAAUCUGCCGUAACAAUCCACUCCCACGAAAGUGACACACCACUAACGAAAAGAAUAUCAAAACCUUAAAUAAUGCGUAAACCCAUCUGUUGAAUACAUGGUUCACAAUUUAGAAUCGGUGUGGUUGUGCCACCGAAUAAGGAUGAAACUUGAGACCGGGAAUUAGUUAGUAAGAUGCUCUAUAUAUAUACAUUAAUAUAUAUUAUUAUACACAAAAACACACAUGAACUCACGCCAACCAGACUUACUCGCACUCAAAGCGAUAAUCUUUUCUGACUACAACCGACGAAACCAAGCUAGUGAUAAGACAACACGCAAAUAGUUUGUAGUAAUGAGCAAAGCAAAGAGUUUCGACAAAGAGCAAAGAGUUGAAGAUACAAGACAGGAAAUAAUGUGGUCGAUACUGAGUGAGAGUUUGUAGAUGUGCGCGUGUGUGCGUAUGUGUAUUUGUAUGCACCGUUGCACUGCUGGAAUGACAGUGAUGAUUGCAGCAGCGCAAUAUGUAGUAUAUCAGACACUCAUACGCUCCCACGCCUCCACGCAAUCUCUCGAACGUUAUUCCACAACUCAUGCAAGGGAUUAAUGACAUAUUAACGUUUAGUCAAUGAUGCUUAUUUGUAGAAAUUUAAGGAGAAAAAAAGAAAAAGAAAAAAAAACAUGAUAAAAAUUCAAAGAAAGUGGACGCAACAACUCGUUUCCCCUACCAACAUUGUUCGCCAUUUCGACAGCUCUAAAUUAUUCGACUAAAACAUUGUUUAUUGCCUGUAAAUCGUGAUUGGGUCGAUAUUGUUUUGGCUGCAUCAACCAUACGCAAGGCGUGUAUCGGGGCAGAAAGAGCUUCGCUUCAUAUGCACAUUGGUUUGUUUUUGGUUUUAUUGUACCCUUUUGAAUGCUCCAGAUGAGCGGCAAAGUUGGUAGUGGAAACGUGGUGGAUGGAGAUGAUAACACACGACAAUGAUUGCAGAAUAGAAGCGGCUGGCAUGGUAAUGUAUUUCAACACAUUGCAAAAGAGAGGGAGACGGAAAAAAGUUAAUAAGAACAGGCAAACCCAUCUAGAAUAGGCUACAACCCUCAACAAACGACGGCGAGAACGACAUGUCAAAAAUCUGAAUAAAGAAAAUGCAGUUGGACCGAAAACGUUUAACAAUAUGCUAGACAUGUAAGCGAAACAUAAAAAAAAACUUCGAUAAAGUCCUCCUCAUUCAGGAAUGAAGCUGCAAGGGCCAAAAGCGACUAAAAUGAAAACAAGUAACAUGAAUCAAUGAAAGAGCAAGGAAGGGCCGACAAGUGCCGCGCAAAGAUCAAUGCAACAAACUAAUCCGUAUUCUCGUUAUUACUGCUAUUAUUAUUAUUAUUAUAACUAUUAUUAUUAUUAAUAUUAUUGUAAACUUUCAUCGAUAAUUUGCCAACUAAAUUGGUUAUGUAGCGCGCUGAUACACGCAUACAAAGACACGCGGAUACAAGCACACCACAGCACAGAUACCAAAACGAAUUGAAUGGUAGGAAUGGAAAAUGUGUUAGCAAAAGAAAUUAACAAUGCCAACGAAAGGGUGGAUCGCAUACACCCAGGUUUUUGCCAAUGAAACGGAAAAGAAUUGUGACAAGAAAAGAGCGCUCUUGGCUGCUAAGUUUCUCCGCCCCAUCGAUAGGAAAAAAACAUCGGACACUUCGGACAUAUUUCUCUCUUUCUGUCGCUGUACUGCAGUUUGCUGCCACAAAGGGCAGCAAAUGGUAAUUGUGUAGUGCGUGCGGUCACUCCUCGGCAGCCAUAGCAACCGAAAUUAGCUUUAGACCGUGAAGGAUGAGAUAGUGGAUGCGACAAAUUGAAACUGGUUCGAUUGUUCCAAAAAUUACAAUACAUCCAACGGGAAGGGAUGAAAGAGUCCGGUAUGAUACGCAAACGGCGACGACACUUCUGCGGUGUGGUGUUUGUGCGUGUGUAUCGAUGGAUUCCAAAAUGAAUGCAAGAGGAAAUGUUGGCAAAGAUAGAGGUAGCUCAGAUGAUGGUAGCAACGGUUUCUCUGAUGGUUUCGUUUUUUCGAUUAUAGUUUGUUUUCUCGUGCUAUGGUUCACCUUAUAUUUUUUAUUGAUAGUUUUACGAGCAACAAAAACAAGAACCAUGAAACAUGAACUUUCAAACAAGGGGCUAAAUUAAUGAAUAUAUUAAAUGUAAAGCAACA